AUGUAUAAUAAUUGUAACAGCUAAUUAAAUCAAUUAGAAUAUCUAAAUUUUGAAUUCGUAUUUCCUUUAUAAUAAUUGUAGUUCAUGUGUUGCUAUAAUUCAACCAAUAUGUCUAUGAAGAUUCUUUAGUGUAAAAUAUUGUAUAAUAUUGCCAAUUAUUAAGGAGGAGGUUUAUUUUUAGAUAUGAACAAAAAAAAAUUGUAGAUAAAACAAUCAAAAAUUAUGAAUAAUAUAGCAUAAGAAGGAAGUGGAAUAUAUAUAUUAAAAAAUGGUAAUAUCAAUUAAGAUAAUUUAAUUACAUCCUUCUUGAAUUUUAACAAAGCAAUCAAUUUUGCAGAUAAUUUGGUUGAUUCCCCAACUCAUUUAAUUUUGAUGAUCAAUUCUUCAGAAAUGGAAUCAGAAGAACUUAGUAUUAAUAAUAUUUCAAUAAGAAGAUUAAAUGCCUCAUUAAAUAUUUGA